GCCUUGGCGCCUCGUGCCGAGGAGCCAUCGCCGCAGCCCGAAGCCGGGUCCCGAAUCGGGGACUGGAGGAAGAGGCGACGGCGUCGGCUGCGGGCGUCCCCCCGGGGGUCUGGGACUGGCGAAUCGCCUCAGGCUUCACGAUGCCAGUAUGGACAGAAUAGCUUAUGAUGCUUAUCCCCACCCACCACUUUCGAGACAUUGAGCGGAAGCCAGAAUACCUCCAGCCGGAGAAGUGCGUCCCACCUCCCUACCCUGGUCCUGUGGGAACCAUGUGGUUUAUCCGUGACAGCUGUGGCAUCGCCUGUGCCAUCGUCACCUGGUUUCUGGUCCUCUAUGCAGAGUUUGUGGUCCUCUUUGUCAUGCUGAUUCCAUCCAGAGACUACGUGUAUAGCAUCAUCAACGGAAUUGUAUUCAACCUGCUGGCCUUCUUGGCCCUGGCCUCCCACUGCCGGGCCAUGCUGACGGACCCCGGGGCAGUGCCCAAAGGAAAUGCCACUAAAGAAUUUAUCGAGAGUUUACAGUUGAAGCCUGGGCAGGUGGUAUACAAGUGUCCCAAAUGCUGCAGCAUCAAGCCCGACAGAGCCCACCACUGCAGUGUUUGUAAGCGGUGCAUUCGCAAGAUGGACCACCACUGCCCCUGGGUCAAUAAUUGUGUCGGCGAGAACAACCAGAAGUACUUCGUCCUGUUUACAAUGUACAUAGCUCUCAUAUCCUUGCACGCCCUCAUCAUGGUGGGAUUCCACUUCCUGCAUUGCUUUGAAGAAGAUUGGACAAGCUCUGUUUCCUUCAUGGUGCCAGCUGUCUACCUCAUUUUGUUAAAUCUACUGCAAGACUAUGGCGUGAACAGUGAAGGAACAGCAGAGGUCCAAGUCUCUCUUCAUGAAAGAAAGCAGCCCCAAAAAGUCAGUUUGACAGAGUGCAGCUCCUUCUCACCACCCACCACGGUGAUCCUCCUCAUCCUGCUGUGCUUUGAGGCGCUCCUCUUCCUCAUUUUCACGUCAGUGAUGUUUGGAACCCAGGUGCACUCCAUCUGCACAGAUGAGACGACCAUCGAGCGCCUCAAACGAAAAGAUCAGCCCAGGGAGCACACAGCCAGCUGGAGGUCCGUGAAAGAGAUCUUUGGUGGAGACUUCUCCCUGAACUGGUUCAACCCCUUCUCCAGACCAUGGCAGCCAGAGACGCCCAGUGACAAGGACUUGGUGCGGCAGGUGUCAUCACUGUCAGACAGCACCGAGACGACAGAGGAGCAGUCAGAAGAGAUAAAGGACGAGGACUCUAUUGAGGUGAUAGAUGAAUAGGUGGUGUCAUGGGAGACAGCCAAACACUUAAAGUGGCUACCAACCCGUGUUCUGGGGUUUUGGUUAAAUGUCCUCCCCAGAACAUCCUGACCCUUCUCCCAGGCCACUUGCUUGGUCUUACCAUCCCCAUGACCCCUCCUUCCUCUCUCCAUGUCGGGGGGUAGACUGGGGACAGUGAAGAAGGUGGGACUUGCUCCGAGUUCACCUAAGCAGAGUGCACAGAGGGUGGUUAGGACUCAUUCUCCAAGCCUGGGCAGCUUUCACAGCCUCUGUCCUCAAAGGAAGGUCCAAACAGGGCAGCCCAAGAACUCACUCCUGGCUUUCCUGGGGAUGCUGUCUUCUCUUGGGAAGAUUGGGGCCCUGGCUCCUGGCUAGUGAUGGAAGGGCAGGACAGGGCUGGCCUUGGGGACCUGAGGUGGAGCACUGAUGUCAGGAGAACCUACCUACAGCCACUCUGGAAGGAUUUCCCCCACUCCCUGCCUCAAUUAAGAGAAAGGCCUGGCUGUCACAUCGACUGUCAAGACCUCAGACUUGGCUUGAGAGAGAACCCUGCAGGCAAGUGCAGCAACUGCCCCGGAUGGGAGUAAGCCUGAGUUUGACACUAACAUCAAAACUUAGUUCUGUUCCAUAGGCAGCAGAAUCCUCCCCAAAAUAACUUGGAGCUCUGCCUCCUCCAAAUCUGUCCACUCACAGGUGAGACAUGGGCAAGACCUGUUUAGAGCACCUGAACACUCUAGCCUCCCCCAUGGGAACUUUAACUCUCCCUCCUGGAGGGAGCCUAAUACCAAAACACACAUGGACAGAAAUGACCAGAAAUUCUGCCUGUGUUUUGGGCCAGUUCUCCCAAGAUGGCACCUAUCUUGUCUCUCAGAACAGUAAUGGCCAGGGCCUACAGACUAAUGAACCUAGGAGACAGACACCUGGCCCCAUUCUGCCAGGAUGAGCUGGAUGUAGUGAGCCCCCAUGAAACCUAGGGUAACUGACCAUUGGUGAAGGUCUGAGCAGGCCCUCUGCUUCUCAGCCCCACAGCAGUGGUUUCUAAAGCAGCAUCUUCUGCAGAGUAACUGAAGGGUCCCCAACCCAGUCAGACAUGAGAAACACUCUGCUCCCCAACUCCUAGCUUGAGCCUUUGUUCUUACCCAUUUCCCCAAUGUAGUCUGGCUCCAAGAUUGGGGGAGGGCUCAGGCAUGAGGCAGAACCUGCCCUCGUAAGGUCUUUGUGUCAGGGUCCAUCCCCCUUACUGCUCUAGGUGAAAGGGCAUGGGGAUCUGUGGCCCCGGUUGAAUGGGGAAGAAAGUCACUGUUUGGAGAUACAGCCUCAGGACACUGAGAAAGGAAGAGUAGCCAAGAGGUGGCCUUGUUCUUGGACAGCAUCCUCGGGCAAUCCCUAGAGGGAGGGGAUUUAUCAGAGAAUCCUCUGUCUAUAACUAAAGCCCCACCAGGCUCUGCAGUUAAUUGUCCAGAGGGGCCAGUGUUCACAAAGCCCCCUCUGUCCUAACCCUUGCUCACAGCUCUCCAGCUAUGCUCCAUGAGAAGGGUGGUGGUCAGACUCUAAUGCAGAGGAACCAGGAAGGUGUGAGCCUUCUGCAGCCAGCUGAAGGCCUGCUUUCUUGGUCCAAGUCAGCUUUCACAUGGAUUAAUGCCAAUGCACUAUUGAUACAGUGGCCUUCUUUACACGGAGGCUGCUGACACGUAACAUUCUGCUUAGCCCCAAAACUGAAAGCGCCACACCCGAUGUCAAAACGAGACACGGUUUUUCAGGGAGGGAAGGGGGAGUGCAAAUCUUCACCUCUUUCUUUGA